UAUAGUGCAUAGUUACAGGCGAUAUGUUUAUUCAGAUAAGAAAGAAAUAAGAAAGGAAUGUUUUAACAACAGGAAGCGUUACAGAAGUUUAGUCGAACAACAGAGUGCGGUAGUCUUAGCAGGUCGAUGGUGCUAUUCGUACCGACGAUUCGUUUGCAGCCGUCUUUGCUUCGCGAUGCGUCCACUGAUGUGUGUUUCUGCACAUGGCCGUGCCGCCCAACGGGCUUCUGCAGUGUUCCACGAUUUUUCGCACUUUAACACCGGUAAAUGGACUUAUUAUAGUUAAAUUUCCUAUUCUAACGAUUAAAAAACACGCGUUCUGUGCCUUGAACUAUACAAAAAGCGUUUUUCGUAUUGAUAGCCAUAAUUAAUGAAUCAAAAAGAUUGUAUUUAUCAUUUUUAGAAGAAUUAUAUUAUAUAUUACAUCCACCAUGACUACAUCAUCGGAAGAUGUUCUAAUGCAAGUAGGACAAGUUCGUUAUAAAAAAGGAGAUGGCACUUUAUAUGUCAUGAAUGAAAGAAUAGCCUGGAUGCUUGAUAACAGAGACACUGUAUCAGUCAGUCACAAAUAUGCUGAUAUUAAGUUACAAAAGAUAUCACCAGAAGGAAAAUCAAAAAUACAAUUACAAGUUGUAUUACAUGAUGGUUCAUCGUCUAUAUUUCAUUUUGUAAACAGAAAUGGGCAAGAGGCACAAAUUAAAGAUCGUGAUGAUGUAAAAGAACUACUUCAGCAAUUAUUACCAAAAUUUAAAAGAAAAGUAAAUAAAGAAUUGGAAGAAAAAAAUAGAAUGCUUCAAGAAAAUCCUGUACUGCUUCAGUUAUAUAGAGAUUUGGUUAUUACACAAGUUAUUUCAUCUGAAGAAUUUUGGUCACAACAUGCUGCAGAAUAUACCCAAGCUAAAAAAAGUCAAAGACAAGAAAUAGGAGUAAAUAGUGCUUUUCUGGCUGAUAUAAAACCACAAACUGAUGGUUGUAAUGGAUUGAAAUAUAAUUUAACUGUUGAUAUUAUAGAGUGUAUAUUUAAGACUUAUCCAGCAGUAAAAAGAAAACAUCAAGAAAAUGUGCCUCAUAAAAUGUCAGAAUCCGAUUUUUGGACAAAAUUCUUUCAGUCACAUUAUUUUCAUCGAGAUCGUAUCAAUGCAGGGACCAAGGAUCUUUUUACCGAAUGUGCCAAAAUAGAUGAUCAAGAACUUAAAAAAGAUAUUCAAUCGGGUAUUGAUGAUCCAUUGGUGGAUAUAACUUCUUUUGAGGAUCAAACUCUAGAUGAUAAUUAUGGGAAUGGACCUAGUAAAUCUGACAAAGUUUCAGGAAAUAUUGUACAUCAAAGUAUGAUUAAGAGAUUUAAUCAACACAGUAUCAUGGUUUUAAAGGCCAGCACUGCCAAACAAUCUACACAAUCCAUUCAACCACAAUUAAAUGGAUCAACGCCAUCAGCAAGUAAAACUACAACACUGUCUAAUCAGUUAGAUGAACGACCAAAGACUAAAAAACUUAGAAUACAAGAAAAAUUAAUUUAUGAUGAUCUUGAUACCACUCAUGAUAUUAAUACAAAUAAUAGUGCACCAUUAAAUUUGAAUCAUAUAGACAGGUAUUUACAUGGUCCAGUACCAGGAUAUGGUAAUACGGAACCAACGUCUGAAGAACUUCUUAUGACAUUAAAUCAAUUAAGAAAGGAAGUAAAUGGUUGGCUGGCAGGAAAUAGUAUACCAAGGCAAUUAGCAACAUCAUUAGUUAGUCCAGCUGCAGCAGUCUCUGCUUUAGGAGAAUUAACUCCAGGUGGUUCUUUAAUGAAAGGCUUUAGAGAAGAAAGUCUUGGACAAUUAAUACCAAAGGAUUUAGAAAAAGAACUACGUAAUGUAUAUGUGUGUACAUGUGAACUUCUAAGGCAUUUUUGGCGAAGUUUCCCACCUACAACUCCACAGCUUGAAGAAAAAGCCAUUAGAAUGCACGAAGCAUUACAUAGAUUUCAUUCUGCUAAACUUAAACCUUUUGAAGAUCGUGUUCAACGAGAUUUUUCUGCUGUUAGUCAACAUUUAACAAGUCAUUUAAAUCAACUAUUAAAUACAGCGUAUAGAAAAUUCGCAGUUUGGCAACAACGUAAGAUGCAAAUGAGGUAGCCAUUGAAUAAUUUGUCGUACAAUUAAAAACAACGUGAAUAAAGCAAAGCAAUAUUGGUCAUCCUAUAUAUAUUGCAUUUUAUAAUGUUACCAUAAUUAGGGAUUAAUAUGGGUGUAUUUCACAAAAACCAAAGCUGAAUCGUGUCAUGCAUCCUAUGCUGCCACAUACUGUUUAUUUAUUCUUACAAAUAAUUGUGUUUAUUAUUGUUUUAAAAUUUUCACAAAUAUUUUACUUUGAUCCAUCUGCAAGCGAUAUUUCAUUUCAUUAAUAUUUUCAUAAUAUAGCAUAUAGUUUAUUUAUUUACUUUUCAUAGGUUAUUGUAUAUCAUGUUGCACGUCUUAUAUUAAUCAAUGGUUGAUAUGAUGAAGCUACAAAAUUUCGAAAAUUUAAAUUCAUAUAAAAAGAUAUUACAUGUAGAAUAAAGUUAAUACUUAUAAAUUUUCAAAAAAAAGCUAUGAUUGCGUAUGGAACGUCUAAAAUUUAUAAAAUGUAACUACGUAGAUGAAUGUGUGUUAAGAGAAAUAUCUAUUGUACGAUAUCAAAGUAGCUGUGAUACCGCCACUGUAUUAUUAAGAUGUAUUAAGAGGUAAAUUUCGUCAUUUUGUGAAUGUUUAUUUCUACAUUAUAAAUAUUCCUAUACAUGUUAAUGGAUUUAGAACAUCAAUCUUUUUCUUGGUAUAUUAUAAUUAUAUGAACGAAGAGUAUGUUCUGUAAAAAGUAUAAACGAAACAAAUAUUGUUUACCUGGAAAUUUACAAACUAUUAAUGCACAGUGGCAUCAGUAUACUUUUUACGAUAUCUGCGAUAUACUCAACUAAGUGUCUUAAUUGUUGAAUCCUAUUUUUUUUUUUAUAUAUAUAUAUUAUUGGGUAAAGCAAUUUGCAAUUCGAGAUUUCGUAAACUGCCUUGCUCACUUUCUCUAUAGUAGCAAUAAUUUGGCAGUUGCCGAAAUGAGUGAUAUCUAACUUAAUCAGUAAAAAACCUUUGAGAUCAUACUCGGAAAUUACGCUAUGAAUACUAUUAUAAUAUCGAUUGUAAAUAUAUUCUUACAUUAUCAUUACAAUAAAUGUUAUUAUUAUGAA